AUGCACCAGAUCGACUUCGACGAGCAAACCCUUCACAGUCUUACAUCCAAGACCGUGAUCAUCACCGGCGGAGCAGGCGGUAUUGGCUCUGCGACAGCGAAGAUCUUCAACGAGCAUGGCACAAACGUCGUCAUCGCCGAUAUCCCGGCCUCUCAGUCGCGCGCAGAGAAGCUGGUUGCGUCUCUGCCAUAUCCAUCCCGCGCUAUGUACGUCCCAGUGGAUAUAGUUGACUGGGACCAGAUGCAGGGUCUGUUCAAGCGGGUUGUGAGACAGUUUGGCGGCAUCGAUACGGUGGUCGCGAACGCCGGGAUCAUGGAGUCCAAGGAUGUUCUCGAUAUGGACGAUGUCGAUGAGAAGGGGGAUCUGGUGGAUUCGAAGGAAGCGUUCGAGGUGAUCGAUGUGAAUGUGAAGGGGACGUUUAAUACCCUGAGACUAGCCAUGCAUUACAUGAGAUCUGCCCCCGACACCUCCGCACCUAAAUCCAUCGUCCUAGUCUCCUCCAUCUCGGGCUACUUCGGCGGAGCAGAUCUAACGGCCUACACCACGUCCAAACACGCGGUGAUCGGAAUGCUUCGCGACGCGCACCACGCCGCAGCGAGACACAAUAUCCGGGUCACGGGCGUUGCGCCUUCGUUUACCCCGACGCGGCUGACGGCUGGCUUGUGCAAGAACUGGCAGGAAGCUGGGUACGAGGCGAACUCGCCGGAGUCUAUAGGGAUGGUAAUUGCGCAGAUCUCGGUCGAUCAGACUGUUGCUGGCGGGAGUUGCAUUUUGAUCGGGAGGGAAUGCCGCCGCGAGACGGAACUCACCAGAUCCGAGGUUCUGGAGCCGUGGAUGGGAGCAGACGCGCUGGGACUGAUGAAAGAGGCAUUCGAGUUCGUGGUCAGCAUCGGGGGAUAUCCGCUUCCUGAGAAGCUGGAACGAUGCAGAAACUAG